CAUAGUGCGAUCAUGUCUGAUUAGCUUAGCUACAUCUGCCACGCAAAACAUCCGGGUAAAAACCUUUGAACUGAAAUAUUUAUAACCAACGUUCGUGCUUGAGUCUAACUCUAUAAGAAAUUAAAGAAACGUAAAAUCAAUUACCGUGAAUGAGAAAAUCAAUUUAACUUUUUCUUUCAGUCCCCCUAAAAAUGAAGUUAAUUAUGCGCCGUACAACCAGGUGCAAAUUAAGGGCACAUAUUCGAAGAAGGAUUGUAUGGUAAAAUUUCGUGAUUGAAAAGAGGAGAAAAGUGGUAAAACAGAACAAGAGGUUUCCGCUGAAACUUAAAAAGCUUUUUGAAGAUAGGUUAGUAACCGUUAGGUAGGACCAAAGUUAGUAUAGACCAAGACGUUGGGUAGGACAGGAUCUUAUGAUUGAUGUUGUUUAAAGGUUAUAACUGAAUAAACGACUAAAACAGCAGGGGGGUCAGAGUAGAGGUGGCAUUUGAAAAUAUCACUUCGUGAAAGAGCUUCAUUUCUUUGGGUUUACCCAAGUUAAAUGUGAUACAAAGUUGUUAUGAUCGUGAAUUAGUUAAAUGACCUUUGCCUAAUACAUGUCUGUGAAAUCUAGAUCGUUUGGAUAACUAAACUUCCAUUACAUUACAACGGAUAACAUACAAUUACUACACAAUGACAAUUACGUUAAAUAGGUCUGAUCUAACUCAAGGCAGUACCGGGGCUAUUAAAUUAUGUAUGAGCAAGCAUAAUACACGGUGGACAGGAUUAACGUCUUUAUUGUAUUAGAAUGUAGAAUCAUUGAAUUAUAUAUUCGACUGAUUUAUCUAGGAUUUUAAUCAAAAUUGAUUUCAGGUUUGCUUUUUCGGUAAUUUUGACCAACUAUUUAGUCCACAACGCAGUUCUAAAUCAUUUAUUCUAGCAGCAAGUACAGCUCGUAAAGAUACAGCAUAACAAUAUGCAUUAUACGUAGAUUAGCGGUCAUUGAUGAUUGUCUUUGAUGGUAAAUGCCCCGUAGGUCGAUAUAACUGGGUUGGCAAAGGCGUGAUUUUAAUUAUGUCAAAAGCAAUUCUUUUAUCUUCAUAUGAAAGCGACGUUGAUGUUUGUAAUCACAAUGAGUGUUCUCUCUCACGUUCAAAGUGAAGCUUCCGAACUAAAUGCGUUUCAAUCAAUUUAAGAAUGAUCCUAAACCUUCAACAUAUAUAUAAGAAUGCAUAGGAGGUAUUAUGAAUAAAACGAUCUAUACUCACAAGGCGGUAGGAACACACAGCUUUAGCGUAAGGUUGUCGAGACGAGUAGGGUAAAAUGUCUUGGCAUUUCUUGGAACGGUGGGUCGAGAAGGCCAACCAACAUUCUACAUUAGUGGGCAAGUUCUGGAUUACAUUUCUUAUCGUUUGUCGGAUGGUGAUCGUUGCUUCUGUCGGUGAUCGGGUGUACAACGAUGAACAAAGUGAAUUUAAAUGCAAUACUCAACAACCUGGGUGUACGAACGUAUGUUUCAACAGUUUUUCACCGAUAUCCCAUUUACGAUUUUGGAGUUUUCAAAUAUUGUUCGUGGCAACUCCUUCCGUAAUGUUCGUUGUUUAUUCUGCUCAUAAAACGAAGCUGAAAAAAACGUCAAGUAAGAAAGCGAGAAUUUCAAACGAUGAGGACGAUGAUAAAAGUGAAAAGCACGUAUCUGGUCAAAAGAAUGAAAAUAUCGACGGCUCAAUAAGUCAACUUCAUUCUGGAAACAAAAACAUGAAACAGUUUGAGCCUGACUUGCCCGUAAAGGAAUCUAGCAAAGAAAAGAUUAGUUUCGGCAACAGAAUACGUGGAAACCUGCGCAAAGAAAGAAACAACAGUAAAUGGUAUCCGCGAGAUGGCGACAAAGAUCCACAAGCAUUUCCUAGAAGUACAAUGAUUCGUCUUGGUAAACAAUUGAGCGACAGUGAGAGAACAAAGAGCUGGGAGGAGGAAACAACGCAUCGUCCCCAGAAGAGAUAUUCACGAAACUCUCGACGUGGUAUAAGCAGCAGCAAUACAAGCGGUGUUGGUACAUUUGAUUAUCGUUCAAAACGUGGGAACGAUACAAGAAAUCAGAACAACAACAAUAAUUUAAACGGAACACCAACGUUUGCUUGGCGACAACCGACACAGAACACACAGAAUCAACAAAACAAUGAACCUGGUCCACAAGUAGCGACGGCACCAACGAUUGAUGAAGGGCGGCCUGCACAACCAACUAAACGAGGUUUGACUGACCUCAUUAUGUGGGUGCCUUCAAAUUGCGAUGAUGAAUAUCAACAGAAUGAUGGAAACAUCAGCGCUGAAAAUGCUUUCACUGAGACAGAAGCACUUCACAACAAUGGUCAACCAACGGCAGAGAAUAUACCAUACAAACAUUAUGUGAACGAAUACUCCGGUCAUAUUUUUCCUUCGGCACCCCCGCAAUAUCCAGGUAUCGCUUUUGAUUCAAACUCGAAACCAUGGAUCAGUGCAUCGCGUGUUUCAUUGGCCAUGGACACGAUUCCACUUAAGAAUGAAAAGUCAAAGAAAGUAAGCGAUUUUCGUGACGAAAAGUUCAAGCCAACCAAUCCUCUGGCAAUGAAGGCUCAUAUACCAGCAUUUGCGCAACACUUUCGUUGGUAUUUAGCCAAUGUGUUUGUUCGUCUUUGCAUCGAGGUUGGUUUUCUCGUUUUGCAAGUUCUUCUCUUUGGAUUUUACGUUCCUGAAAUGUACAAAUGUGAACGCCGGCCGUGUCCCAACACCGUCGAUUGCUUUAUAUCUCGACCAAUGGAGAAGACGAUCUUCUUAUGGUUUAUGUUUCUAUACAGCUGCAUAUGUGUAGCACUCAAUCUAGUAGAGUUCGUUUAUCUGGUAUACGCCUAUAUAAAGAAGCGAGCACAGAAGCGACUGUCGUCUAGACCCAAGAAGGACGUUCCGUUCUAUCCUACCAAGGGCAACAAGUUUGGUCGAAACGGAUUAAGAGGGGAAUGGAAACAAGACAUUGACCCUUUAGAACUUGAUCUUGCUGAAUAUCAAUUUAGACAAAUGCACGACGAAACUUCUUCAAUGGGAAGUAGGCCAGCUAAUGGUGGUUGGGGCGGAUGGUACACUGGACGCCAAGUCCCACAACGCAAAGUUUUUGUCAGCGGUUCGAAUGCUUUCACUGGUUCUGCACGGGAUGCAAGCAGGGGUGAUAUUUCUACAAGAGAUAUGAUGGCGUUUGAGCUCGACUCUGAUGACGAACGCGACAUGAUUGAAAUGGAAAUAGAAAGAAUAGAACAAGACGAGCUAGAUUUCCAACAAGAUAUCGAUACUGGAGCUGAUGUUGGCAUGGAAGUGAAUGACCAAGGUGAUGUCGGGGUUAAUUGCAUUUGAUGCAACUCUUGUAAGAUGAAGUGUAGAUAAGUUCCAGUCUAGACAUUUUUGUAAAUUUGAUUCGUUUGAUACUUUUCGAAAGAGCAAAACAAAUAAGUGUUAUUGUCUUUUAUGUUCGUCCUAUCUUUGUCCAUAAACAAUUUAUUUUAUAUUUUUAGUUUUUUGAUAUUGUGUAAUCUAAAGAAUGUAAACUGAGUGUCGUGGUUGUAUUAAGUCUCAGUAAACGUAACUGCUUUG